ACAUGUUUACGAGCUGUCGUUACCUACAUGUAAUUAUCAAAGUCAACCCCUUCGUUGUCACAGGUUGCAUAACUUGCAUAUUUAAAUAUUUUCCUUGGUGUAAAUAUAGACUUCGUCGCGAGCUCCACAUGCAUGCAGACGCUUCCCGGGCCGGUGAAGCGGCUGGUGGUUGGAGGGAUAUAAACCUGGAUGUGCGAUCAUUAUAAACACGACCAGACAGCGCUGAUCUUAUCGCCAAGGGUCAUCUUGGGUGAAGGACCAUAAGCCGGACAUCGUGUUGUAGCGGUGCACAUAAUUUAUGUAUGGAACAUGCUAUUGAAUCAUAUUCAUUUUGUAUAUACCUGGAUGAACAAAAGGGGAUCCGCACCAUCGAGCACCUAUAAUUCACCAACAAAAUGGAUUUUCCCCCGUGAUUUGGGUUCAGCAAUUAUUGUUAACCAGUAAAAAAAAAAAAAAAAAAAAAAGAAGAAGAAAAAGGUCCAACCAAACAAACAGCGAUAGUGCGUGUCAGUUCAGUUAUCUGAGUUACACUAUCAUGUCAUCUGUGUGUUUUUCGCGGUGUUACACUGCCCACGACCGGAAGAUAGCCAGAUUAUUUGGACGUUACGGUCGACUGAUUGCUCGACGUCCUUGGCUCUUCAUUAUCGUCUUCAUCGUUCUGAAUCUUCUACUUGGAGUCGGUCUGCUACGACUAGAAUUCGAACAUGACUUGGAAACUCAGUACUUACCGGAAGAUAACCGGGCCUCCAGAGAUCGCGAAGUGAUCCGGAACGUGUUUCAAUCGUCUAUCAGAAAUGACUUCCAGAUUCAUGCAUUGGCAGACGUCGGAUAUUUCGUCGAAGUUAUCAUCAGUUCAAAAAAUGACCAGAGCGUAUUUGACAGAAACACGUAUGGCGAUGUACAACGGAUUAACAAUAUUAUAACUAAGGAAAUACUCAUUACAGAUAACACAAACACAAAUUCGUCCUAUCAAGCUCUCUGCGCCAAAUAUAACAAAUCCUGUGUGGUUUUUGGAGAGGAGCUUCUACAUACUGAUUUUGCCCAGAAUGUUCGAUCUAAGAAUGUUACAUAUCCUGUAUAUAGGCAGACAGCUUUUCUGUCCUCAAUGUUGGGGAAGGUAGUUACCAAAGGCGAUCGCCUAGUGGCGGCAGGUAUGUUAAAACUUAGAUACUACCUCCAGAAAUACCCAGCCGAUCGAGGUCGUUUAUCUGAAAUAUGGGUCAAAGAAUUUGUCAAAGUCAUGACCAAUCUGCAGACUAAUCACACGGAGUUUGUCUACACUUACCACAAUGCUCUGGAUGAUGAGGUCGACCGAAGCUCUAUGGCCGAGGCCCAUCUCUUUAUGAUCACAGUGGGUCUCAUGGUGACUUAUGCGUCCAUUACGACUGCCGGAAAACGGAUCGAUUGCGUUUACGACCGCCAGAAUUUAGGACGCGUUGGCGUUUUUUGUGCAAUUCUGUCCAUGGUUCCAGCGGCGGGGAUAGCCAGCGCCUGUGGAGUAAAAUUCAUGAAUUCUGUGGGAAUCAUGCCUUUCUUAAUCAUAGGCAUUGGAAUCAAUGACAUGUUCAUCAUAGUCUCUGGACAUGCGCAGACAAUAGGACAAGAUAUGUCACUGGAAGACAGAAUGGACCGAACACUGCGGACCAGCGGCCUGGCCAUCACGGUCACUUCUCUGACUGAUUUGCUCACAUUUUUCAUUGGUUACACGUCGGUGUUUGUCACUAUUCAAAAUUUCUGUGUCUACACAGGUCUUGCUGUGUUUUUCUGCUAUGUCAACCAACUCACAAUACUCGCGCCUUCUAUUGCUAUUCAUCAGCUCAAAAUUGACGCGGCAAAACACUCCAUUACGUGCAGGUCCACAAAACCUCGGUCCCAGCUUCAAAUCGAGGGUCAUUCGCUGUGUUACGUCACAUGUUGCUCCGGUGAUAAGCCGACGUCACGUUCUGACGUUGAAAGUGUACUCGAGAUAUACCCCAAACAUCUCGUUCAGUUUUUGGCUCGCAACAAAGUAUCUGCCGUUGUGAUAUUUAUGCUUUACUUGAGCUACCUCGCCGUGUCAAUCUGGGGAGUUACAUCGCUUAAACAAGGCUUCAGAUUUUCGGAUUUGGCCUUAGAAGGUUCUAAUUAUUAUAAAGCUAGUACAUGGGAUUUUGAAAACUUUCGAUGGGAAAUUCCGCUUCAAAUUGUGUUCACGUCUCCUGUGAAUUACCAAAACAUAGAAACACGUCAGCAAAUAUUCAACUUUCUAGUUCAGCUUAAACAAGAACCUUUAAUCCAAGAUAAUAUAGAUGUAAAUUGGCUAUCGACAUUCCAAGCUGUUACGAGAAAUAAUACAUUUGGAGAUAACUUUGUGGAUCUGAGACGUUUCCUGAAUGAAACAAGAAUAUUUAAUAAUGAUGUGAUAUUUUCAACAAAUUUUACAUCCGUGGACUACUCAAGGUUUUAUUUGUUCUCGGAAAAUUUAAGGACAAGUGACAUCCAGGGGAAAUUUCUUCUCAGGAUAAGAGAGCUCGAACAAUCAUCCGGGCUGCCGUGUUUGAUCUACUCACCACUGUUUGUUUUCUUUGAGCAGUACGCCAUUGUGGUGAAGAGCACGUUGCAGACAGUUGGCGUGGCGAUUGCCGCCAUGUUUGUGGUGGCGUGUUUCUUUAUGCCGCACCCCUCCAUUAUCAUCUUUGUGUGCGUUUCCUUAGCGUCUAUCCUUCUUGGGGUGUUCGGAUUUCUUCCGUUUUGGGGACUCAACAUCAGCUCUGUCACCAUGAUAGAACUUAUCAUCUCUGUAGGAUUUUCUGUAGAUUUUAGCACGCAUCUUUGUCACGCCUAUCUGACGUCACAAUCACGUGGCAGGAAGGGUCGUGUUCAGGAUGCGCUGGAGUUAGCAGGCGGUCCCAUUAUAAAUGGGGCUUUGUCAACCAUCAUCGGACUUGUGAUGUUGAUUUUCUCCAAAAGUUUUAUUUUCCAGUCGUUUUUCAAGGUAUUGUUCAUGGUAAUUGUAUUUGGACUUCUCCAUGCGGUAUUCGUCCUGCCAGUGUUUCUCUCCGUCAUUGGACCAAAGGUCAGAAUAUUAACGGAUACCAAACCCGAUCACCAAAUUAACUCAGACAUUCACAAUAGGGUAAAUCAAGAUACUCUGAAUGAAGUAAACAAUCCGCUGGUUGCUGAAGAGAAUUUAUAACUGUUGGAUUUUGACCUCCACUUAAUGUGGAGAAUGUAGGCUUGCGGGUGCUUUAAGCCCCAACAUACCGUCCGCUAAAUCAAACGUGAUGGAAAAUGAUCGAUGUAACGAAAGCUGAUGUUUCUUCACGCAUCUAUGACCUUGUGAAAGGAUAUUUAAUUUAUAGCUAUGCAUGUAUUAUAGCUGACUGACAAAGUAUUGAGAAAGACCGGCAGUAGUAUCAAAUGUCCACAUUUGAUAUGAUGUUUAUUGCAUAACGAAAUUUCACCACAUUAAAAAUGAACGCCUAAACUUAUUUAUUGUCACCUUGGUGUAUCAAAUGUACCCCCUUUUAAAGGGACUGAUUCACCUUUUUUUUUCCAUUGUGACGUUAAGCAGUAAGAAUAUAACCCAUUUAAUUAAAGUUGCCAUGCAAUAUUUGGAUCUUUUUAAUAAAAGGAUAAGGACAAUAUGUUAA